AUGGCGAGAAGAGGUCCGUCGGCUACAGGGCCGGAGGGGCCUUCCUCAAUAUUGAAACAACGUCGCGCCCAAGCCCCAGUCCUGUCACCUCAACACCUUGCAUUAGCUCGGAGUCUGCCACACAGCAAUGCUAGCACCCCAACUCCCAGCCUUCUCACGCCUCCGGUGUCUGGCACACCCAAUCUGAGUCCUCCGCCGCGGCACGAAGCAGAUGACUAUAUGAACGUUCACGUUCCUGACCAUCACCAUCAUACGAGGAAGCACUCUAGAAACAAAACCAGGAAACUUCAUAAUAUCAGAGAAGGGAGCGAAGGGUCAAGACGUUCGCAGCGCUCACUAAGGUCGGGACCGCAGACUGCAACCUCAAAUGGGAGUGAUUGUGAACUUUGUGCGGCUGGCAUUUCCGAUGACGGCGAAGACAGCGGUUCCAACGCUCCUCUGAUCAAGAGAUUAGGUCGACCUAAUCUUCGAAGCCGCCUCCACGGGUCCCAGGAUACUACAGAGGUUGACGGAUUCCACAUUCAGACAUGGCCAACACUGAGCUCUUCAAUCGUCGCCGUUGAUGAACCUGAUUCCCCAGCGGUCAAUGCACUGCGGUCACUUAGCCUGCAGGUACCAAUACGCUCAGGUUCUCAUGGUUUGCAGCGUGUGUCGACUGCGCUCGCAAAUACUCUCAACGUUUUUAGGUCUAACACCGCGAUUUCGUUUGACGCUGUUCCUUCUCACAAGGCAAGCAAGAAAGCUGAGGAAGCUUCACGGAGAAGUAGCGCGCAUAGCAGAAGUCUUGCAUCUCGAAACAUCAACCGUCGCUGUCCAACGCUCAAAGAUGGUAAGGAUGUUUUCCGAACACUUGGGACUCCAGCCACGAUCACUUUAAGAAAAGCAAGCAACGUUUACUCAAUCAGUCCUAUCACAACCUCAAUAAGCGCAUCGUUAAAUCGCGAACACAAGCGCGCAGCAGAUGCUCCAGCGUCUGAGCUGCUAGCAUUUUAUUCGUCACCAACAUUGGAGAAGAGACCAACACUCACGGAUCUACCCUCCCCAGAAAGCGCCGAGGCGUCGAGGCGCCUGAAGGAACAGCCAACGUUUACACUCGAAACGAAGUCCCGGUCUGUCCGGAGAGGGUCUAAAUCUGUCUCUCAGUUCAGUGACAUCUCCAACGUUCGGCGGUGUAGCAUGCCAGCCGAAGCUGCCCUCACCUUUGCAGAUGUUCACGUUGUGCCAGGAUCGUUCAUUGCCAGGCCAAAGUCCAGGAAACAGUCCCUCGUACCUACAGAGUUCAGUCGCCGAAUCAGUACUGUCAGAUUUUGGUCUCGUAACAGCGUUCACGAGGUGAUAUGGAGAGAGGACGAGACAAGGAGCGAAAGUAGCCUCACAGCCAGUUCUAGAGCUUCCCAGCACGUGGGGCACUCAAUUCGGUCCACUCCUAGUCCAGAGAGCGAGGGUAGUCCAGCGCAAGAACCGGCCAUUGAACAAGAAGAAACAAAAGCUGCUCUUCCCAUGGGUUCGGACUCGGUGUCAAUGUUCAUGAAAAUACCAGAUAAUCUUUUCCGAUGGACUUGGGGGCCGUCCUCAGCUUCGACCGAGGGUACACCCCGUGCAGUUGAUCCCAAGAGCGAUCCUCUGGGUCACGUAGCUGAACCUAGUCCCCGAGCCGCCUAUACACAAGACGAUCCUGUGGAACAAGUACUGAUCCCAUAA